AACAAAGGUGCGCCCUUAAACAGGCACCACCUGUUAACCUCAUUAAUAUUCAUGAGGGAUAGAGUUACAGGUCCCCAAGCGCGAGCAAUCUUCGUUCCACACACAUUGAGGGGACACGGUUUGCUACAUCAAGCCGUCUAUGACAGUGUAGCGACCUUAAGGACUUGUGAUGACACCUUUCUUCACGGGGAAUUGGCUACAUUGUGUCCUGUGUCCAUCCCUAGGCUAACCAGGCGAAAAAUGGCGCUAGAGAGAGCGCUGUUAGCGUCCAAAACUGGAGACGAAGUGGCGCUACAGCAGCUGCACUUAAGCGGGGCUCUUCACGACGGUGUAGCGGACGAGUUCGGGGCUACCUGCGUCCACCACGCCGCAAGAACAGGGCAACUAUCCUCCUUAAAAUACCUGGUACAAACGGCGAGGCUUAGCAGCGCUAAAAAAGCUAAAAACGGCGCUUCCCCUGCCCACGACGCGGCGGCGACAGGCCAGCUGCCCUGCCUGCAGUGGCUGCUGAAGUUUUCCGGGUGCAAUGUCCGGGACAGAGACACCAGCGGGGCCACCGUUUUACACCUGGCGGCGCGGUUCGGCCACCUGCCGGUGCUACAGUGGCUGGUGACUGAGGGUUGUGAUCUGCAGGACACGGCGGGACACGGUGUUACAGCUCUGCACUUUGCCGCAGCGAACGGCGACGUGGAGUGUCUGAAAUACCUGCUGAAACAGGCACCCAGUCUAGUGAAUGCUCCAGCAGACAACGGCACCACACCUGUGUACUUUGCUAUCCAGGAGGGACACCUGUCCUGCGCGGAGCACCUGGUGACAGGUGGGGCAAACGUGCAUCACCAGGCUGGGGACGGGAUGAGACCGGUUCACGCUGCUGCACAGAUGGGACACCUCAACAUUCUUAUAUGGCUGGUGAAUGACCAGGACGCCCUGCCCACGGAGAGGGACAACGACGGGGCCACGCCCAUCCACUUCGCCUCCUCCAGAGGUCACGCCAAGGUCGUCAGCUGGCUGCUGUUGCAUGGUGGGAAGUGCGAGAAGGACAACCUGGGCGGGACCCCCAUGCACGACGCUGCGGAACAUGGACAACUGGAGUGCCUGAAGGUGCUGGUGGAGGCUGGUGAGGACGUCCAUGGACAGGACCAUGAUGGUUUCACCCCUGCUGACCUGGCCGAGGAAUGCGGUCACACCGUCUGUGCAAAGUACCUGCGCACAGUCAUGAAGGAGAAACCUCGUCGUCUCUCGGCACCAUCCAUCGCGAAGCAGCCUCAGCGCCGGCGGGAGUCCAUGAGAGAGAACACCAAACCUGUCCAUGGUGAACCAGUCAGGGCUUCAGCCCUUGUUGGUGUGAGUGAGGAGAAUGACAGUCCUGAGCAUGUCUACCAGAACGAUGAUAAUGGGGAGUAUGAGGAUGUGCUGGUACCUCCCAGGGACAAACCAGCACCAACCCAGCUGGUGACAGCAGACGUCCACUCUGGGAGGAAGAAGGACUCCGGUGAGCACCAGGAGCCGUACCCUCCCAUCCCCCCUCCUGACUAUGACAUGGACGAUCAGCCACCGCCCGUCGACAGGGACGCACAGCCGGUGUUCAUCCCUCCCCCUCCCCCGGACAAACCACCGCCAGCCAUACCGGAGCGCAAAUACAGCGAAGAGGAGAAGAAGAAACAGGUAGGAUUCGCUAUGUAG